GACCUCUGCUUAAAAACAAUCUGAUCAGCUGAUGUAAAAACGACAACAAACAACAAAUCCGGGACUUGGAGACAAAAACACACCGCAGCCAGCUCCGUCCUCCCCUCGGACACGUCCCCGGGGCGGUGUGUCGCGGCUCGGGGCAGAAUCUCGCCUUUUAUCCGCUGUCGUGGCACAUUUGGACUGUUUUUGGAGCCUGUCGCUGCUGUUCGGCUCCGUGAGUGAUUGGCAGCUUUGAUUACGCCGGAUGCCCUCCCCUCCCUGCCCUCAGGCUACACAACUUUGACAGGUGGAACCGCACUGGAAACAAGUGUUUAAUUUAGUCUUCCAAUACAUUUUUUUUUUUUUUUCAGAAUAUUGACAUUGUCAUUUUUAUCAUUUCAAAUGUGGCCUUUCAAAUUGAAAAAGUUCAGAAUAACAGCUGUGUAAUAAUAACGAAUAAUAGUCUUCCAAUGCACAGUUUUUAGUCCAGAACUGACAUAGUAUUUUUUUUCAUAUAGGAUACGAUUUUUGAAACAACACCCAUCAUUUCUAUAUUUUUUAUUUCACAUUUAUCUGAAAUUUUUGGAACCACUGCACCUGUUUUUAUGGCUAAGUGACUCGUUGGAACAGCUUCAGAGAGCCGUAAACCUCGAGCUUCAGCGAGCCGUAAACCUCGAGCUUCAGAGAGCCGUAAACCUCGAGCUUCAGAGAGCCGUAAACCAUGAGCGGUCAAGGGUCAUGCGCAGAUAAAGUCAUGAACACGGUUCUAGUUUGUCAGGAGAGUUACGCCUGCGGAGGGUCGGACGACGCGGCUUUUGAGUGCGACGAGUGCGGCAGUCUGCAGUGCACACGCUGUGAACUAGAGCUCCACCUACAGGAGCGCAUGAGGAACCACGACCGAGUGCGGAUCGCGCCCGGACACGUGCCGUUCUGCGACUCGUGCAAAGGCGACGGGAGCUACGGCGGGAACAGCGCACGACUGCGGGCUGCGGUCAGGUGCCAGGGAUGUAAAAUCAACCUGUGCCUGGACUGUCAGAAGAGGACGCAUGGAGGAGUGAAUAAGAAGAAACACCCUCUAACGGCGUAUCCUCCAGUUCAAACCCCGAAAGACGACAGCACCGCGGACGCAGAGGCGGAGCGUCUGAGGGCGGCUCUAGAGAAAGUCUCCAGCUUCCUGUUGGUCGACGAAAAGGAGGAGAUGCAAGUCAGAGAUGAGCAGGACUUCGUGAGUCGUCUGGGCUGUGGUCCAGAGGAGCUGCUCAAAGUCGUGUCCAUCUUUGGGAACACGGGCGAGGGGAAGUCCCACACUCUGAACCACACCUUCUUCAUGGGGAGAGAGGUUUUCCAAACGUCUCCGGCUCAGGACUCGUGCACCGUGGGAGUGUGGGCCGCUCUGGACCCUGUGAGGAACGUGGUCCUGAUCGACACAGAGGGGCUGCUGGGAGCUGGAGCGAAUCAGGGCCAGCGCACUCGUCUGCUGCUCAAAGUCCUGGCCGUGUCUGAUAUCGUGAUCUAUCGAACGCACGCAGACCGUCUCCAUGACGACCUGUUUAAGUUCCUCGGCGACGCUUCGGAGGCGUAUCUGAAACAUUUCUCCAGAGAGCUGAAGGCCACGACGGCGCGCUGCGGUCUGGACGUGCCUCUGUCCACUCUGGGGCCGGCCGUGGUCAUCUUCCACGAGACGGUGCACACGAAGCUUCUGGGGUCAGAUAAACCGUUAGAAUCGGCGGAGCGCCUCCUGCAGGAGCGCUUCAGGAAGCUGGGGCUGUUUCCGGAGGCGUUCAGUUCUGUUCAGUACAAAGGGACUCGAACCUUCAACCCUCCCACAGACUUCACUGGACUCCUGCGCUGUUUAGAGCUACAGCUCGACAACAACAACACACGCUCCCCCAGGUGUGCGACUGUCAUCUACAAGGCUCUGCAGGCUCUGAGUGAACGUUUCAAUGGGGAGAUUCAGGACGAGCACCUGAACAGCACCUGCUUCUUCCCCGAUGAAUAUUUCACCUGCUCCAGCCUCUGCCUCAGCUGCGGGUCUGGCUGUAGGAGCAGCAUGAACCACCUGAAGGAAGGUCUGCAGCACGAGGCCAAACAUCGAUGUCGAUACUCGGCUCAGUACGACAACCGCAUCUACACCUGCAAGGCCUGUUACGAGGGAGGGAAGGAGGUCAUCGUCGUUCCAAAGACCACUGCGUCCUCAGACUCGCCCUGGUUUGGACUGGCCAUUUACGCCUGGUCUGGGUAUGUGAUCGAGUGUCCAAACUGUGGAGUGAUCUACAGGAGCAGACAGUACUGGUACGGCAACCAGGACCCCGUGGAGACUGUGGUCAGGACGGAGAUCCAGCACAUCUGGCCUGGGAGUGAUGGUUUCCUGAAGGACCACAGUAAUGCGGCGCAGAGGCUGUUGGAUGGAGUCAAACUGAUUUCUCAGUCUGUGUCUGAGCUCAGUGUGACUCCGGCCAAAGCCGUGACGUCGUGGCUCACGGAUCAGAUCGCCCCCGCGUACUGGACACGCAACUGUGACAUACUGUCGUGUCAGUCGUGUAAACUGGACUUUGGUCCUAACGACACUAAACAUCACUGCAGAGCCUGUGGAGGAGGAGUCUGCGCCUCCUGCUCCUCAAAGUCCAGACCUGUCCCUGAGCGAGGCUGGGGCCUGGGGCCAGUGCGAGUCUGUGACCAGUGCUUCACCAACAGAGAGAUCCCCACAGAGCUGCUGGACGCGGCGCUGGAGGAGGAGGGCGGGACCCUGAUCGCUCGUAAAGUGGGCGAGGCCGUACAGAACACGCUGGGCGCUGUGGUCGGAGCGAUGGACAUACCUCUGGGUUUGGUGAAAGACGCCGCUCGUCCCACGUACUGGGUCCCGGAUCAGGACCUCCACUCGUGCUCCGGGUGUCAGAGGGAAUUCAACCCGCGACUCUCCAUCCACCACUGCCGCUCGUGUGGACAGGGAGUGUGCGAAGACUGCUCCCCCGAGAGGAGAGCGGUGCCCUCUAGAGGCUGGGACCACCCCGUCCGAGUGUGUAACGUGUGUGUGCACAGACCGGGCGACCUAUAGCACCGACGGGACGUGUCGUGCUCAAGGGCACAGCGACGGAACCACCAACCUCUCAACCAACUGGGACAUCACAAACCCGAAGAAAAACGGCAUCUGUAGGUAACGAUCGACACGGUAAACUGGGCGGAGUGUCUUGCUCAAGGAGACGAUGAGCGAGCGUCAAACUACCAACCUCUUAAACGGAGAUACUGCUGCGCCAAAGAAAACCACAGACCACUGGAUUUGUGACGAAAAACGGAAAACAUCAGAAAUGGGAUAUCCGGUGGGCGAAGUGUCUUGCUCAAGGACACAAUGACAGUAUAGAGUCUUUAGCGAGCGUCAAACCUCCAACCUCUCAACCUGAGCUACUGCUGCCCCAGAAAAACACAUCUGUCGUACCUCUCAACCUCUCAACAGCACAAAGAAAACCAGGGAACUCUGCGACUGAGGGAAAGAUUCUGGAGUGGGUGGAGUGUCUUGCUCAAGGACACGAUGGCAGUGUCCAGCGUCUUUAGCGUCGAACCACCAACCUCGAGGACACAGUCAGAGCAGGACUGAAGUUUGUGUUUUGGUUUUACAGGCGUCAGCAUUUUUGUAGUUUUUAAUGUCAUUUUCAAACAUGUUUAGUUCAUGUUUUAUAAUUUCACGGGGGGUUCUACAUGAAUGUCUGUGGCAGAAUGUUCAGCGGUUACCACGGUGACACAAAGCACACACUCGCAAACAUGGUCAGAAAAGUGUUAAGAUCGUCUGAAAACUGGAAUUAAAAAAACAAAAAAAAAACGUUGGCUAAAGCUAAUGCUAAAGCUAAUGCUAAUGCUAAUGCUAACUCAUGGUGUGAUGUUUGAGGGACGUGUUUAACAAAACAAACAUGUUCAGAUAAGUCAGAGCAGUGCCCACAGUUAGCAUCAGAGGGUCAGAGACUGUGGGCCUCAGAGGGUCACAGACUGUGGGCCUCAGAGGGUCAGACUCUGUUUUAAAAUAAAUCUCAAACUUCUGCUCCACAAAUGUUGGUUUUUCUCUGAAUUUAACUUGAUGUUUCCAAAUGUCACAAACACUGCCCCUUUUGACAGUCGCCUGUAACUGCAGCUCAGCGCCGCCUGUCGUCCAGCGCCGCCUGUCGUCCAGCGCCGCCUGUCGUCCAGCGCGUUGGACAUUUUAAUAUCAGGUGAACUUGAGAAUAAUUCAGGAAUGUUUGGGAUAUUUUGUCUUUUUAAAGUUUUUUUUCAGAAAAGCCACAAUAAAACAGUUUACUUUAUUU